ACUUUACAGUAAAAUGUAAACAAACAAAACAACAUUAAAUAUUGUGGUUCAUUUCUUGUAUACCUCACUUUAUAAGUUGAAUAAAAUGUGAUCAGCUUCCAAAGUUCGAAAAAAAUUAUAAGCACAACACGAGAAACGAGCUCAAAAAAUCAAAUCACAGAAUAUGAUUUUAAAGAUUGUCAAUGUCAUAUGUGACGCUACUACAGUAACGUUUUUAACCAAUGUUGCCAGAAUAAAACGAAAUAGAAUGUCUACUAUUGAAAUAUUUAAAGUUGUUAUUACUAUUUAUAAUUAGUAAAUUUAAUCAGUUUCAUGAAUGCAAAACGUCUAUUUUAUGUUUGGUAAAAUAUUUUUCUCCUAGGCAUCCGAUUACUUACUUUUUAAGUAUACGAAAGAUUUUUGUCUCUCAGUUGAAAGAAGGUCGUAAUAAAAAAUCUGGCAACAAUGUUUUUAAUAAUUGUUUACACUUUUUUUUUUGGUUAAGUGUAGUAUUUUCGCCUGUUAUCAUUAUUUUUAUAAAGAUGAGUAUAAUAUACGAAAAUGAAAUUGGUUUUUAUAUUUCACACGAAUUAUAUAUAAACAAAGUAUGUGAAAACGUGUGUACUUCAUGUGGUAAUACUUACAUGCUAAACUCGAAUUUAUUCAACAUUAACACGCCAUAUAAAAAUAGUUCCAAAUUGAAAAAACGAACAAAAUUAAAGGAAGAAAGGAAAGAAUUUGAGGAUCUCGUAAUAGAACAAGAAGAUGUUAAACAGAAAUAUGUGAGUUUUCUACCGCAUAUAAAAGAAUAUUUAAAAGAGAGUUCCGGUGAUAACAAAAUGGCUCUCGAAACAGCUGAUUAUAUCAACAAGACUUUCGACAACUUCAGAGUUGUAGAUGUUCGAGGGGAAAAUAGUGGAUCUGCUGUUAUUAAAGAAAUAAAUAGUUCGAAAUAUUUGUUUCCAGUAAAUACAGAAUUCUAUUGUAAAGAUAUUUGUGAAAUAAAUAUUUAUUUGAAAGAUAGAAAGUUUGAUGUAAUUCUGUUGGAUCCUCCGUGGUGGAAUAAAUACAUUAGAAGAAAAAGAAAAAAAUCAACAGAUAGUUACAAAAUGAUUUAUAACGAUGAUUUAAAACAACUACCAAUAGAAAACUUAUUAUCCGAUGACGGUUUACUAGUAGUGUGGUGCACAAAUUCCAAACAAAAUUCAAACGCGCUCUUAACCGAUUUAUUUCCACACUGGAACGUCGAAUUCGUUUCCAAAUGGUACUGGUUGAAAAUAACAAAAACCGGCGAACCAAUAUGUAACUUUUCUCACCCCCCCGGUAAACAACCAUACGAAAAAAUCAUAUUCGCCAAAAGAAAACCAAAUAAAACAAAUUUUCCCGUAAACGGUAAGAUAUUGGUGAGUAUACCGAGUGUUUUACAUUCGCAUAAACCGCCUUUAAUGGAAAUUUUGGAAAAAUAUUUAUCGAAAGAUUCCGAACGUUUGGAAAUAUUUGCCAGAUAUCUUCUUCCGGGUUGGACAAGUUAUGGUAACGAAGUGCUGAAAUUACAAAACCAGUGUCUUUUCAAAUGUAAUUGUAUGGAAUAAAACAUUUAUUUAUAUAUAAAAAAAACUUAAUAAUAAAUAUCAAAAAUUGAGUUCAAA